AUGGAAGUCAUAGAGAAGAAGAAAGAUAACGAGAAAAUGGAGAUGGCAAGAAGAAAACCAUCUUCAGCAGAUCAUCGUCUUCCUCCGUACACUUACCCCCAAACCGCCGACAAAGAGAAACUCACCACAAGAAGAAUCGGGUCGGAUCCGGAUCCGGAUCUUGACUCCAACCCAAUUCUUGUAGCUCCAGUUCCAAGGUCAUACGCUAUGCCUCAAACUACUUCUCCGACGAGGAGUGUAAGAUAUAGAGAAUGCCAGCGGAACCACGCCGCGAGCUCCGGUGGACACGUGAUCGACGGUUGCGGCGAGUUUAUGUCCUCCGGUGAAGAAGGCACGGCGGAGUCUCUUCUCUGCGCGGCAUGUGACUGUCACCGGAGCUUCCACAGGAAAGAAGUCGACGGCAUGUUUGUUGUCAAGUUCAAUAGCAUUGGUCAUUCACAGAGACCGCUCGUUAGCCGCCACGUGUCUCCAAUAAUGAUGAGCUUCGGCGGAGGCGGAGGAGGAGGGAGAGAUCCGGCGGAGUCAUCGACGGAGGAUCUCAACAAGUUCCAUCAUCAAUCUUUUAGCGGUAACGGAGUAGAUCAGUUUCAUCAGUACCAUCCAAAGAAACGGUUUAGGACAAAGUUUAAUCAAGAACAGAAGGAGAAGAUGAUGGAGUUUGCUGAGAAGAUUGGUUGGAGAAUGAGUAAGCAAGAAGACGAACAACUGAACCGGUUUUGUCGUGAGAUUAAUGUGAAAAGACAAGUUUUCAAAGUUUGGAUGCACAACAAUAAGCCAACCAAGAAGAAAGACAUCAUGUAA